AUGGCGGAGGAAAAUCAAAGAAUGCAAGAUCAAAUUGCACAAUUGGUUAAUGCUCGGUUAGAGCAUAACAAUGAUCAUCAUAACCGAGACGAAAAUCAUGAGCGUCAAUCAAUGCCAACCCAUAUUUUCGAAACACCUCAGCAGGAGGAGGAAGAGGCUCAACCAGACGCGGAGGACGAGGAGCGCGACAACUCCGCUGGCCCAUUUACGGCCGACAUAAUGAAUUUUCAACUCCCCAGACAGUUCACCCUACCGGCGACUUUAACCCCAUAUGAUGGCUUAGGAGACCCGAAGCAACAUAUUAAAAAAUUCCGAUCUAUUAUGAUCGUUAACGGUGCAUCCGACCCUAUUCUAUGUCGUUGUUUUCCAUCAUUUUUAGACGGUCCUGUACUUGACUGGUUUUGCUCUUUGCCUGCAGAUUCAAUAUCGCGUUUCCAGGAAUUGGCCAGGCAAUUCGAGCAUCACUUUGCAGCAUCAGCAAUAUACCUGCAUGAUUCAGACUAUCUGACGACCAUCAAACAAGGGCCACAAGAAAGCCUGAAAGAUUAUAUUACUCGCUUUACAAAGGUCGCCAUGAGAAUCCCCGAUCUUCAUCCUGAAGUCCAUCUCCACGCCAUUAAAAGCGGUCUUUGUCCCGGCAAGUUCCAAGAGACAAUUGCUGUAACUAAACCAAAAACCCUGGCAGAAUUUCGCAAAAAAGCCAAGGGACAGAUAGAUGUUGAAGAACUUCGCCAAGCCCGAAAGACAGAAAAAUCAGCUAUCAUCAAGGAUGAUGAUAAACCUCGGGAUAGCAAGAAACCCUUUAAACCUGUCCCCCGCUACGACUCGUACACCAAGUUCAACGCAAAAAGGGAUGACAUCAUCAAAGAAAUACUCAAUUCCAAAUUAAUCAAGCCUCCUCGUAAGGCUGGAGCUUACCCAGAGUCCAAAACUGUCGAUAAAUCUAAAUAUUUCACUUUUCAUCAGAAGUACAGGCAUACAACCGAUGAAUGUGUGAUUGCUAAAGAUCUCCUCGAGCGCCUCGCAAGACAGGGCCACCUUGAUAAGUUUAUUACAGGGCAUAUGCAAAAGAACGUAACCUCGGCCUCCGAACCAUCAGCAGCAACCCCAUCAUCAAAAGAAAAAGAUAAAGCACCAGCCCAACCUCGAGGAAUUAUCAAUUGUAUUUCAGGAGGAUAUGCUGGGGGCGAAAAUACAAGCUCAGCUCGAAAAAGAACUUAUAGGGCCAUGUUGGCAGUAACGGACGCCCCUAAGGUUCCACAGCCGAAUCAACACUUCCCAGAAAUGACUUUUCGUUCAACCGACUUUAAUCACACCGAUGCUAAUUAUGACGACCCGGUGGUAAUUUCUGUUCAGUUGGGAGAUUUAAUAGUCCGCAAAGUACUCCUCGAUCCUGGGAGCAGUGCUGAUGUAUUAUUUUUUACCACUUUUGAAAAGAUGAAGUUAAGUAGCAAUAUCUUGCAACCAUACCAUGGUGACUUGGUCGGAUUUUCGGGAGAGCGAGUUCCUGUUCUGGGUUCCGUGUGGUUACAAACCACACUCGGUGAGAAACCAUUAUUUAAGACACAAGACAUUCAAUAUCUUGUUGUCGACUGCUUUAGUCCAUAUAAUUGGUGGACGAAAUUGUGA